UUCCAUUCUGGCAAAGUCAGGAAAGACUUACAGUUUUUUCAUCUACCAGCGUCGUUCGGAUCCAAGCAUGCCCCAAGGAACGCUUGAAGUUGUUCUCAUCAGCGCCAAAGGCCUGGAAGACUCCGAUUUCUUAUCUGGCAUGGAUCCUUACGCCAUUCUCACUUGUCGAACUCAGGAGAAGAAAAGCAGUGUUGCAUCAGGCGAUGGGUCUAACCCCGAGUGGAAUGAGACAUUUCUCUUCUCAAUCACUGAAGGUGUUGGGGAACUGCACAUCAAAUUAAUGGAUAAAGAUACAUUUACUGCUGAUGAUUUUGUUGGAGAAGUAAGAAUUUCUCUGGACUCAGUUUUCGACCAAGAAGACAUCCCACCAACAUCAUAUAGUGUUGUCAAGGAUGAACAUUACUGUGGAGAGAUUAAAGUUGGUCUCAAAUUCACUCACCAGAGAAGCAGAGAUGUAUCAUUGGAGGAAUAUGGAGGGUGGAAAGAGUCGUCUAUGGAUUAAGUGGGGUAAGAACUUCUUCUUCUUCUUCGUCUUCCUUGGGGUUGGAUGUUCGUCCUUGCUGCUACUGUUUGUUUGAUUUGAUUUGAUUCGAUUCGAUUCGAUUUUGGUUGAAACUUGAACCAACUUCUUGUGUUAAAAACAAAAUGGUUGCAUGCAUAUAUAUAUAUAUAUAUAUAUA